CGAGGGCCGUUUCAUUUUCAGCCAUGUGGUUUUGCACGGCUGCCAUGGCGACUUAAAGCGACUGCUCCCAUGCGGCAUCCUCUAUGCACUAUGCGUGCAUAUCUAUCUCCUUGAUCCCUCCCUUUGAUGGCCGCGCGCGCCACUGAGCACCCGGAUAUGCAUAAGUAGUUCCACUUGCGGCCUCCCAGCAAAGCCCUAUAUAAGCGCCCCCUUCCAAGAAAGAUUCAGUUCAAGCUCGGCUACCCCACUGCUCGCUCAGCAACCAGCAUACAACACAUAGUUUAACUUGACACCUGUCGAGACUCGAGAGAGAGGAUCAGGGAGGAGCAUGGCGACCUUGUGCAGGCAGCCGAGUCUGGAGUUCGACGUCAAGGUCGUGAGGGUGGCCGGCGUCGAGGCGCGGCUCGAGGGUAGCCUCUUUGUGAGGUACUACGUCCCGGCCGGCGACGGGAGGCGGCGGAUCCGCGUGGACACGCGCGAGGUCCCGUGCGGCGCCGGGGACGACGACAUGCUCUGGGGCGAGCGCGUGCGCUUCCAGCUGGCGGGCAACGGCGGGGCCGUCGCCGCGCCCGGCAAGGUCGCGUUCGAGCUCCGGUGGAGGCCGCGCCCGUCGUCGUCCGGGCUGGCGGCGUUCCUGGGGACAGGGAGGCCGUCGUCACGCGUGCUGGCGCGGGCCGAGCUCGCCUUGUCGGCGUCGGCGGAGAGCUGGCUGAGACUCUCGCCGGCGGGCCGGGAGCUGGGCAGCGGGUGCAAGGCGCCCAAGUUGCUUGUCGAGGUCAAGGUCGUCCACGCCGUAGCGGCUGCCGCUCAUGUGGCCGUGCAAGCGAGGAAGUUCGGCGGCGUGAACGAGUGCUGCCGUGGCGGCGAGCGCUGCGGUAGCUGUGGGUGGGUCGGGACCGAGGAGGACAUGUUCCUCUCCGCGACGUUUACUCAAUAGCAGUACCAGUAUUGUGAUGGUAGGUGAACUUCGUAGGAGAGCUCUUCCAGCAAGCAGUUGUCGAUUUCAGUCAAACUCGGGCGUGAAAUAUGAACAAAUUUUGAACAAA